AUGUUUUGGAAUUCUUUUUUAUAUGUUAGUGAGUAAUAUUUAUCUGGAUGAGGACAUUGCUCUCAGGAUGGACUGAAGUGUGUAAUAUAUAUGUGAUCGGGUCGGAUCUUUUGCUCUCGGGCCGACCCGCUUCGGUUCGUGGCACGAACCCCGCCAUCCCUCACGGUCGUUUGAACUCUGAUCAGGAAUCGAUCAUCCCGUGUAUUAUCCUAGGCAGCAAUCAGGAAUUGAUGCUUUUUCAUUGGUGACUCACUAGGCCCACGCUGUUGGAUCCCGAUUCAAUCUAAUGGGAAUCUAUGUUUUCUCGUUUGGUGCCUGACCAAGACAGUGAGCUCGGUCUCUUCGUCUUCCCAAAUAUCUGUUCGUCUUCCCAAGCACAAAAAUCUGUUCGUCUUCCCAAAACCCCUUGGAGGGGUUCUAAUGCGCCCGUCUCCUCUCUCCCUUUGGAACCCAAUUCUUCUUUUAGGGCGUCGCCUUCCGAUUCGUCCUCAUUUUAUCGAGGCUUUUGAUCCACAGAUGAUGAACUUCUUGUUCCGCAAGUCCGCGUCGAUCGCCGCCUCGGCGUCGAGACGAACCCCGGCCGCUCUGGUCUCAUUGGAGUCGUCCCUCCUUAUCCCAACCCACUCCGUGGCUCCCUUUUCCUGCGUCGCUGGUGGUUGUCUUUCGUUCUUUACGCCUUUCCCGGCCGAAAAUAUCGGAUUUCGCAGUGCCCGAUGCAGGGAAUUCCAUUUCUUGGCCUUGCCGUUGAGGUUUAGGGCCACGGAUGUCGCCCGUGCGGACUACGCCUUCGACAACUAUGAGGAAGAUAAAGACAGCUCGAAAAGAGGGAGCGAUGAAUUAGAGAUUGCCAAGCUGGGGAUUUCGCAGGAUAUCGUAACUCAACUUGCCAACAGAGGGAUCACGAAGCUUUUUCCUAUGCAGAGAGCUGUUCUUGAACCUGCAAUGCGAGGACAUGACAUGAUUGGUCGUGCAAAGACGAGCACCGGGAAAACUCUUGCUUUUGGAAUUCCUAUAAUGGAUAAUAUUAUUCGUUUUCAGGCCAAGAAUGGCUGUGGUAGAAACCCUUUGGCUAUGGUAUUGGUACCAAUUAGAGAGCUUGCUCGACAAGUUGAGAAGGAGUUUAGAGAAUCUUCCAGGUUGUACACAAUUUGUGUCUAUGGAGGCUCUCCGAUUAACCAACAGAUGAGAGCUCUUAAUUAUGGAGUCGAUGUUGUAGUUGGCACUCCUGGACGAAUUUUUAAUUUGCUGAAUAGAGGUGUUUUGAAUUUGUCAGAUGUUCAAUUUGUUGUCCUUGACGAAACUGAUCAGAUGCUUAAUGUUGGAUUUGCCGAAGAUGUUGAGAGAAUUUUGGAAAAGAUGCCCCAAAAGCAUCAAACUAUGAUGUUCUCUGCUACUAUGCCAACUUGGAUUCGGAAACUUACACAGAGAUUCCUAAAAGAUCCAAUUAACAUUGACCUUGUUGGUGAGUCUGACCUGAAGUUGACAGAAGGGAUAACUUUGUACUCUAUUGUUUCAGAUAAUUAUGCAAAGCCAUCAAUUCUUGGGCCACUGAUAAAAGAACAUGCUAAAGGAGGUAAAUGCAUUGUAUUUACUCAAAUAAAACGUAAUGCGGAUAGGUUGUCUUAUGCUGUGGGUCAGAGGUUUGGAUGUGAGGUUCUUCAUGGAGACAUCUCACAGAGUCAGAGGAAAAGGACACUAGUGGGGUUUCGGGAUGGCUGCUUUAAUAUUUUGAUAGCUACUGAUAUUGCAGCUCGUGGUUUAGAUAUACCUAAUGUUGAUCUGGUGAUACAUUAUGAGUUACCAAACACAUCUGAGUUAUUUGUUCAUAGAUCUGGUCGAACAGGCUAAGCUGGCAAGAAAGGAAUUGCAAUUCUUAUACACUCGUAUGAGCAAAAUCGACUUGUUAGAGGAAUUGAACAAGAUAUUGGUUGCAGGUUUAUUGAGCUUCCGAGGAUUACAGUUGAGGAUGGAGAAGAGGAGGACAUGAUUGGAGGUCGUUUUGAUUCAUAUGGAAGUGGCCGAAUGGGUGGUUCAGAUUUUGCUCCUGGUGGAAAUUAUGGUGGUUCUGGUUAUGGUUGUUCUCGUGGUUUCGGUGGUUCCGGCAGCUUUGGAGUUUCCCCGAGCCGCACAGGUGGUGGGUAACGUAAUUUUGGUUCCUAUGGUGGGCAACCCUCAGGGCCAUCAGGCGGGUUCGGUGGUUCGAGUUUUGGACACUCGGGUGCUUUUGUAGACUGUUUCUCGUCGUCCUGGCAACUUUGGUGAUUCUGACCCCGGGCAUUUCGGUAGUAGGUUUGGCGAGUCUGACUCAGGACUAUUUGCUGGUUUUGCCAACUCUGGUCCUGGUCGUUCUACCAGGUUCCACAACUCCAGCCUGAGCUGCCCAGGUGACUAUUGUGGAUCUAAUGGAAGCAGCUUUGGUGGAGGUCCUAGCAAGGAAGGAUACUGAUGAAUGUUGGCUGGCCGACAAGAUCGUUUAGGGGUUCAUCUGAGACUAGUAGUCUAGUUUUCUUUUUGUCCACAAGAACUAGUUCAUAUUUAGAUGUUGGUACCAGAGGCAUUGUCUCUUGGGGAGUUAUUGCUAACACUGCACCUGCAGAGGCAAACCAGCAUCCACCUCAUGUCAGCCAGGAUCCUUGAACACCUAGAAUCAACUUCAUCAGGUUCAA